UAACUUAUCCUUUCUGGGGAGGUGGCCGACCCCAAUUCUGUGGACUUGAAGGAUUCAAGGUCGAGUGCUAUGAGGAGCAGCACCCUAUCGUUGAGUACCAAGUGCAAAAGUACCGAGUCCUCAAGAUUGAUCAACAUCUUCGUACAAUGACGAUCGCGAGGAUGGAUCUGAUGGACGGUAUGUGCUUGCGCGAGUUUUUGAAUACUAGUAUAAUGGAGUCCACUCUCUUCCAUAUGAACCCAGCCGUUAAGAGCCUUAGCAUCUUCUACGGAUGUUUGGACACGUUGAAGAACGUAAGCAAUGAGUUCGAGUGCUUCUACAACGACUCCAGGAAGUCGGCUUUCUUCAUGGAUGACAUUUUCUUGAAUAGUCACCCGUUUAACGUCACCAACUGCAUCAAGAGCAUCAAGGUUCCUGUUCUUCAGAGCGCCCUCGAUGAUAUUGGCAGACGCAAUAUCAGCUUGCAAGAAGCUUUGAAUCGAGGUUUCGAUGCUCAGUAUAGUGACCAACCUGAGUGCUCGGCGUGCGCUUCUUCUGGCGGGUUAUGCAGUAGCAGCUCCUCUUCUUCAUCAUCUAGUUUCACGUGUCAUUGCCGCAACAAACCCAACGCUCGUACCUGCAAUCACCCUGGUACGUUCUUUAGGUAGCAUUCCCAAGUGAUCAUUCUCUACUUCAUUUGGUGGGUUCUUUUCUGUAUCAGCGCAUGAGAUUCUAUUAUCGACAGCGUAGAAUAUGCACGAAAAUCACUAAACCUUGAGCUGCUGUGGAGUAAGUUUUGAUUAGUAUCUCGAAGAUCAUAUGGCCAAUGGACCCCAAGAACUUGUCCAGAGAAAACUCGAUUUGAUUGAAUGUGAUCCGCUUGUUUCUUUUGUUGGAAAUUUGAUGGCGCCAUACUUGUUUUGUCUUCCUCCAUCUAAGAAUAUCAUGCGACAAGAAUGACUUUUCUAUGAUUUUCCAUUUUGGGGCGCCUAGCAAGAGGAAAUUUCAAGUUAGCUACUGCUUGGCCAUCAAUUCUUCAUGAGAGAGACUCGUUUUCGCUGACUAGUCACGAAGAUUUGUAUAAUGGGAGGCUUGCUCCUAAUUGUAAUUUAGAGGUCCCUUUGACUAGGAAGUUUCAUGGUUUGUUCCUCAGGAUUUUGUGGGGAAAAUUUUUUGCAAAUUUUCUUCAUUGGGUGUUUGAAUAAUGCACGCAUCAGAAGACUUUCUG